AUGAAUUACAGCGGAAAUGGCGAUGCUUCAAUUGAUAUGGAGGGACUAGUGAAAUCUAUUAAGGAGAAGUUAGAUAAGUUGUCUUUCCCAUCCCCUGAAUGUUGUAUAUAUAAAGUGCCCAGGACACUUAAAAAUAUCAAUGAAGAGGCCUAUACUCCUCGCACAGUCUCAAUUGGGCCGCUUCACCAUGGCAAAGAAGGCCUAAAAGACAUGGAAGAGCACAAGUUGAGGUACUUCAAUGAUUUUAUGCAGCGAAGUGGAAAGAGUUUGGUGGAAUUGGUCAUGAUUAUGGAGGAAAAGGAAAAAGAAAUUCGCGCAUGUUAUGUUGAAACAAUCAACAUCAAAAGCGAAAUGUUUUUGGAAAUUAUUCUUGUGGAUGCUGCCUUCAUCAUUGAAGUCCUAUUAAGGUGCUGGUUUGAUGAUCUAAGAACUCCAAAUGAUCGUAUAUUUAGGAAACCAUGGAUGAUUUUCUAUAUAAACGAUGACUUAUUACUGCUUGAAAAUCAAAUUCCGUUUUUUGUUCUCCAAGAUCUUUUAAAAAUGACCAACAUACAGGUGGGCUUUCAAUUUAGCCAAAAUGAAACCUUACCCGACCCUGUCAUCCUCACCAUUAAGUGGUUUGUGUCUUCCCUGCAAAUACGAGAACUUUUAGGUCCAGAGCAUAUUAACCCUUCAGAAAUAAAACAUGUCCUUGAUUUAUUAAGAAUUUGUCUCAUGCCAAAGCAAAAAUCGCAGCCUCCAGAGGAGAAAAAUCCUUCAAAAGUAAAUCAGUUCAUUGCUUUCCUAGGAAGUUUCAUACCAAGGCAAAGUUUGCAACAGACUGAAAGCAAAUUUGACAUACCAAGUGCAACAGAGCUUCAUGAGGCUGGAGUGAAGUUUGAGGUAAGUUCAAGCAAAAAUUUAUUUGACAUAAAAUUCAGGGGCAAUGUUUUGGAAAUCCCACGUACAGAAAUAUAUGAUUGGACAGAAAGUUCUCUACGAAACAUAAUUGCCUACGAGCAAUGUCAUUGUACUGUUCGGUAUUUUGCUGAUUAUACCGCGAUUAUGGGUUUCCUCAUCAAGACUUCCAAGGAUGUUGAAUUACUUGUUAAAGCCAAAAUUAUUGAGAACUGCUUAGGUAACAACAGUGAUGUGUCAAAUCUCUUUAACGGGCUUGGCAAAGAAGUUGUCAUCAGUAAGGAAUAUUAUUUUACUAAACUUCAUGAAGAGUUAAACGACUACUGCAAAAUUCGUAGCCACAUGUGGAAGGCAACCUUGAAGCAGAACUAUUGCAAUACUCCCUGGAUCUAUUAUUGUGGCUGUUAUUCUCCUUGGACUCACCUUCAUACAAUCACUAUGUUCUCUAGUAUCUUGCAAUAA